GCUCGUAGUAACUAGGAAAAAAAAAUAGAGUAGUUGGCAUAUAAAUAUUCUAUUCACGUAUAGCGAAAAUCAUUCAACUAGUAGUUGAAAUCAACCGAAAGUAUUCAUACUAAUCAUUAAUAUAUUAAUGCCUCGUGGAUCUCGAGAUUUUUAUUAUAUACCAAGAAAAAUGUCGACUGUCUAUUUCCAUUGGCCAAUAAAUACCCCUGCAAUUUCCCAAAAUGGAUCACCGCACCAGUAAUUACUUUAAUUCUGAGGUAAUAUUAGCAAGAUCGAUCAAAAGCAAACAAAAGAGAUGAUCCAUAAGCUAGAAGCAAAGGGUGGUGAGAUAGGAGAUGUAUGGGAUGAUGGUGUUCACGAAAACGUCAGAAAAGUAUAUAUAGGGAAAAGCCAGAAUGGUAUAGCCUUCCUCAAGUUUGAGUAUGUCGAUGGUUCUGAAGUGGUUGUUGGGGAUGAACAUGGAAAAGUGACAACGCUAGGAACUGAGGAGUUGGAGCUUGAUGCAGAUGACUACAUCGUAUACGUGGAAGCUUUCCGUGACAAAGAAACCGAAGAAACCAUCACGGCUAUUAAGUUCGAGACUUAUAAAGGCAAAACCAAUGAGCACUUCGAGACGAGUCCUGGGGUCAAGUUUGUUCACCAAGGUGGCAAGAUCGUUGGGUUUCACGGGCGUUCGACCGAUGUUCUACACUCCAUUGGAGCCUAUGUUUCUUUCCCAUCCACUCGGACCACUUCUGGAUUACUUGGAAAGUGGAUUAAGGUGGAGCAAAAGGGAAAGUGUCCAGGGCUUAGAUGCUCACAUGCCAUAGCACAGGUAGGACACAAGAUCUACGCCUUUGGUGGCGAGUUCACACCAAAUCAGCCCAUCGACAAAGACCUUUACGUCUUUGACCUCAAGACCCGGACUUGGUCCAUUUCUCCAGCCACCGGAGACGUUCCUCACCUCUCUUGCUUAGGCGUCCGUAUGGUGUCGGUUGGAAAAACCCUCUAUGUCUUUGGAGGCCGAGACGCUUCCCGCAAAUACAACGGGUUCUACUCAUUUGACACGACCAAGAACGAGUGGAAACUCCUGACUCCCGUUGAUGAAGGACCAACUCCUCGUAGCUUCCACUCUAUGGCGGCCGAUGAGAACAACGUUUAUGUUUUCGGUGGAGUGAGUGCUACGGUGAGGCUCAAGACCCUAGACGCUUACAACAUCGCUGAGAAGAAAUGGGUGCAAUGCGCGACUCCCGGAGAAUCGUUCAGCAUAAGAGGAGGAGCCGGUCUCGAAGUGGUGCAAGGGAAGGUUUGGGUGGUUUAUGGAUUCAACGGAUGUGAAAUCGAUGAUGUUCAUUACUACGAUCCCGUUGAGGACAAGUGGACAGACGUGGAAACGUUCGGUGUGAAGCCCUCGGCGAGGAGCGUUUUCGCUAGUGCGGUUGUCGGGAAACACAUUGUGCUCUUUGGAGGAGAGAUUGCCAUGGACCCACUAGCUCACGUGGGUCCGGGACAACUGAUCGAUGGGACUUUUGCGUUGGAUACAGAGACGUUGAAGUGGGAGAGGUUGGAUAAGUUACGUGAAGACGAGGAGACUUCGAGUGGGACGGUGAUAAGCUUAGAUGCUCGGAUCCCGAUUGUGGGAGAGUUACAUGUUUCGGUCCCGGACCUUUUGGGUAUCCACAAAAUGAAGAAAAAAGAAGAGGUGAUUACUCCGGCUAUCAGGGGAUGGUCGGCUUCCACGACUGGGACGAUUGAUGGUAAGAAAGGUCUGGUCAUGCAUGGUGGGAAAGCUGUGAACAAUGACCGUUUUGAUGAUCUCUUCUUCUACGGGAUCGGCUCUGCUUGAAACGCUUUCAAACGCCGUGUGAUCAUAUAACCGUGUGUGAUAUUAAUUGUUUGUGUGUGUGUUUGCAUGUGAUUUCAAUAAGGGAAGGUCGUGAAUACCUUCAUCAGCUUUUUCUUUUGUGUAUGUUUGUUUCAUGUUUCAUAUUUCAUUUUUAAAACAAUAAAUUGCUUGUUUUCUGUAAUCCCUCCCCUGAUAAAAAUGAAAAGCCAAACUAAGAACGGAGAGUCAUAGCUUUUGCUUAUAAUUAAACGAACAAACGGUGGAAUGUGUUGGAAACACCGAAAAAGCGUGAAAGAUUAAAGC